AAGUGGGAGGGCCACCCGACCACAUCUGUGUCCCUUGCACAUCUCAGAGCGGCAGCCAAGAACCGAAGAAAAAAAUCCCAUCUUUCUUCAUCCAAUUUGAUGCUACUGGUUCCAGAACGGGCACCUGGCCAUGCACAUCAGUUCGUUCCCACAUCAUGGAUGCUCCCCUUACCCGCAUCGCCCCUUCUACCGCCACCCCCUCCUUACGGUGUGCGGUGUGCCCUCUUGCUCUUCCUCCUCAUCGAUCCUCAAUACUCAUCCCUACCUCUUCCCCAUUCCAUCUGGGCUGGCCAGGCCUAAGAGCAAGACCCUCUACUUCUGUACCUCUGUGCCUCUCCCUCUCUCUCUCAUCCUUUGCCAAUUCUAUCCCACGAAGCGGGAAGCUGUGGCUCUGUCUGUUCAUCUCUGUCUCUCCAUCUCCAAUUGCACUGCUUUUUCCUCUGCUCCUUGGCUUCUCACUCACACACACACAAAUACACUUACACUUACACGCCUCUCCCCUCUAAACCCACCCCUCCUCGAACGCCACUUAACCCACUGUCUGGCCCGGUCGUUUCCCUCUCGCCUUACCCGUCGCUCACCCAGACUCGACUCUCGACUCGUCCUGUCUUCUCUCUCCCAACAGCCUCGGUGUAGUGUAGUCGGGCAGUCCUCUCUUGCUCAUCAGCACUGCCAUCUCGGCCUCUUCCUGGUGGUAUCUCUGAAAAGAAAAGGUGCGACACAUACACCACGGCAACAACGGACGCAUAGCGGCGAAGUGGUUGCCGCCUACAUCUCGGAGCCCUCCUCAAGUCGGCCAACGGCGCAAUCUUGGAACCCACCUCCAGUGCUUCAGUACCUCCUCGACAGCUCCCCCGAGCUCGAAACUGUGGGCAUUAUCCUGCACCAUCUACACUACUUCAUCGCCGCUUGCCCAUAGCUUUCAUAUUGCUCAACAAGCAACUAGGAUUCUUAGAGCCUCCACAUUCUGCUUGCUUGUGCAAGAUACCCGGCCCUUGGGUUUUGGCCACCAUCCUGUCGGACUAUUCUGUCUAACCUCGCUUACGUUGACUUGGUUUUUUUCAACCGGUCGAGUCUCGUCUUGCCACUGGGGGCAUCUCAGUCGUCAACUCUCCAUACUCCUUUAUUCCCUUGGAUCG